AUGGUCACAACGUUGAGCGAUGCCGCUGUCGAGGCUGCCAACCUCGCCCUCAAGAUGGGAUCGACCGCGGUGGACAUGAUAUCGUUUGUUCAUCGAGGGGAUGGUGGGGAGCUGCCGGUAGUUGGUACGGUGUUGAAGACGCUCACGGCUAUGCGCGAGACGGUGGAGACGGUGCAACAAAAUCGAGACGAGCUAGCAGCGCUAGAGAAGAGGUGCACGUACAUGACGGCAAGCGUCAUCGUCAAGUUUAGGCAAAUCCCACAACCUGGCUCGGGACUAGAUGUGACUCCGCUCAAGGACUGCGUUGUGGUGGCGGAGAAAUUUGCGGAACGGUGUAAAAAACGAAGAAUGAGAUGGGAAAUCGUGAAGGCCUUCAGCGUCAAGGACGAGCUUGCUACACUGAACGCACGUAUCGACCGCUUGGUGGGCGACUUGGGUCUGGCCGGCAUCGCCACCGUUUUGGGCGAGGUCGCCGACUUGAAGGGAAUGAUGUUGGAACAAAUGGUCUCCGAUCAAGCGGCCGCUCAGAAGGAGCUCUUGGCAAACCAAGAAAUAGUCAUUGAUCGCCUGCCUAAGCCGCCGACCAAGAAGGCGGAUAUUCCCCAGGGCACGCCAAUGCGCAAGAGCUGGCACGUUGAGCGCCGCCAUGUGAUGGACACGGUGGUUGAGGCGCUUACGGGUGAAGCAGGACCGCACUUGGUCGGACUCGUGGGUGACAGCGGGGCGGGCAAGACCACUGCCGCGUCCGAGCUUGUUGGGAGCAACGUGGUGAGGGAGUCCUUCUCUGAUGGUAUCGUGUGGUUGGCGGUUAACUACGGCGCGAACAAACGUCUCCCAUCCUUGAUGCUGCAGCUGGCCCGUAUGGUGCACGAGGAUAUCGGGGGCUGUGUGGGUGGUCGACCCAAUGAAUCUGGUGACAAUGCUGAUGCCUACAUCAAGCAGAGGAUGUAG